CUUCCUGUGCAGCCGUUGCUGGGUAACUGCUGGGAUAUCGCUGAGGAGCAAAGCAUAAUUGACAACAAUCUACAAAUACGGCAAGCAGCCUAGAGAUCAUCCUUGAAGCACACAUAAGCAACUUCUUUGGAUAGAUGUGUGGAUCAUGCAGAUGGACCCGGGGGGGAGCCCCUAACUCAGACACGACCAGAGCACUCAGAGAUAUCAGAUAUUGAUGUAAUUGCAGUGAAUAAGGGAACCUUUUUCCUGAGCACAGACAUUGGAGCCUGGUUAUCAGCAUGAACUCAUAUGUGUUAGACAAACACGUCAAUAGUUCAUAUCCAUCCUUCACUUCAGGAAGCAUCAGAAUGAUACCGCAAACUCCAAUAGUCUUAGACACCAAUGACUAUUCACAAACAUUGGGGAUAUCACAGCAGAUUUUUAAAGGAGAUGGUGAUUUGGCAGGAACUGGGCAGCAAUCAUUAUGUACAGAGAGUAAUUUAGUCAUCAAACAAGAGGACAACAUUUAUGACUUAUCUAGUGAAAUUAUUAUCCCUGAGGAUAAACCACACACAUUUACAGAGUUUUCAAAACAUAUUAAAGAAGGAAAAUGUCUACAGUCUAGCCAAAUGAUUCAUACAAAGGAGAAACCUUUCAAAUGUACAGAAUGUGAGAAAAGCUUUAGAUGGAAGUCUCAUCUACUAGAACACCACAAAAUUCAAACAGGUGAGAAACCACACACAUGUACUGAGUGCGGCAAAUGUUUUACACAAAUGGAUAAUCUGAAAAGUCAUAAAAAGAUUCACACAGGAGAGAAGCCUUUCACGUCUACAGAGUGUGGAAAAAGUUUUACAAACAAGAGUAAUCUGAAAAGUCAUGAAAGGAGUCACACAGGAGAAAAAUCUUUCACAUGUACAGAGUAUGGAAAAAGUUUUAAACAAAACAGUGAUCCGAAAAAGCAUGAAAGGAUUUACACAGGAAAAAAGCCUUUCACAUGUACAGAGUGUGGAAAAUGUUUUACACGUAAGAGUAGUCUGAAAAACCAUGAAAGGAUUCACACAGGAGAAAAACCUUUCACAUGUACAGAGUGUGGAAAAUGUUUUACACAAAAGAGUGAAAUGAAAAUUCAUGAAAUGAGUCACACAGGAGAAAAGCCUUUCACAUGUACAGAGUGUGGAAAAUGUUUUACACAAAAGGGUAGUCUGAAAAAGCAUGAAAUGAUUCACACAGGGGAAAAGCUGUUUACAUGUACAGAGUGUGGAAAAGGUUUUACAGUAAAGGGUAGUCUGAAAAAGCAUGAAAGGAUUCACACAGGGGAAAAGCUGUUCACAUGUACAGAGUGUGGAAAAAGUUUUACACUUAUGAGUAAUCUGAAAAACCAUGAAAAGAUUCACACAGGAGAAAAGCCUUUCACAUGUACAGAGUGUGGAAAAGGUUUUACAGAAAUGAGUCAUCUGAAAACUCAUGAAAGGAUUCACACAGGAGAAAAGCCUUUCACAUGUACAGAGUGUGGAAAACGUUUUACACAAAUGAGUCAUCUUAAAACUCAUGAAAGGAUUCACACAGGAGAAAAGCCUUUCACAUGUCCAGAGUGUGGAAAAAGUUUUACAGAAAAGAGUAGUCUGAAAAAGCAUGAAAGGAUUCACACAGGGGAAAAGCCUUUCACAUGUACAGAGUGUGGAAAAAGUUUUACACAGAAAAGUUAUCUAAAAACUCAUGAAAGGAUUCACAAGGGAAGAAACCUUUCACAUGUUUAUAAAGUGGAAAAAGUUUUUUUUUAAAUCGGGUAUCACAAAACACCAACUAUUUACACACAAACUUUAUAUACACAGUGUACAAACCUUUUUAUAAUUAUCCUAAAGAGGACAAACUCUCUAAAUAGAAGCGUCAAAAAGGAGUUAUUGUAAAUAAUACUUUCUAAAUGACAGUUAUAAAAGCCCCAGAUUAGAAGUGCUCUCCUGCUGUCCUUUGUUCCUCUAUAUAUGUGCACCUCAGUUUCUCUCAUAUUAAUGUGAUAGAAUCCAAACACCACACAGGAAUAUACAGAUCUGUCAUCAUACUGACCAGUUUACACUACCAUUCACCCCCAGUGUUGUUUAUUAAGUGUUAGGAGUUGUACUUUUGAUUUACAUAGAGGAGAAUAUAAUUAUAUUUACAGAAUAAAGGAGUCUUUAUAUGAAUAGAGUGUUAGAAAAUUAUAUAAACAAGAACAUCAAUCUCAAAUGAUUGACUUCUGGGAGAUAUAUUGAAUGUGCACAUCAUGUGGAUAAACCUUUUCUUAUAGCAAUAGAUGCUUAGCAUUGUACAUGUUAUAUACCAGAGGAAUUACUGAGGGGAAACUGAUUUUAUUUAAUGAGACACAAUAUCAGUAACCGGUACAUACGUGAGCAUAAUCAGUAUAAUUUAAAUGGCUACUAUAACCUACAUGUAUACUGGGUAUGUAAUAUGUGUGUCAUGUGAUCAUAAUCAGUUUAAUUUAAAUGGCUACUAUAACCUACAUGUAUACUGGGUAUGUAAUAUGUGUGUCAUGUGAUCAUAAUCAGUUUAAUUUAAAUGACUACUAUAACCUACAUGUAUACUGGGUAUGUAAUAUGUGUGUCAUGUUCUGUAACUUGAUAUUAUGUCUGUUAGAUGUUUUCAUGUUAGUUAGAAGCCACAAGAACUGAUAAUAGCACAUACUGUAUAUAUAAAGGGAGCAUUAUAUGUCUGAUAAAUCCCUUUGUAUCAAGAGCACAAGUGUUAGGUAUAUUUAUACCAUUGUGUGCAUAUAUCAUGUAAUGCUGCUGUUUACUAUAUGAUGAUAUACAAUGUUUUUUCAUGCAAAUAAAAAGUGAUUGUAAUCCA